UCUCUAGUCUGUGCUUCACGUAGGCGAGUUGUGGGUGGAGAGCAAAGUUCUUUUUUUAGACUUUUUAUUUGUUAUGAUUUAUCGUUUAGUUUAGUAAGUCGAAAUCCCAUUGUAUCCAGAAUAAUCAAUUAAUUAUAGUUAAGUGAACGAUGAACAUCUGUUUUUGAAUCUUUGAAUAUAACCAUAAGGAGUGGUUAAGCACGCAAACGCAAUCUUCGAAAUCAGUAUUCGUGUUCAGUGACUGAAGAUGAAGGGUGCUAAGUUGCUGACUUCUGCUGGCCGUUGUGUUACGGCUUCACCAGCAUAUGCUCGUCCUACCCCACGUUACAACAAUGAUGGUGGCCGUCGCACAGAAGCAACAAAGGCAGUACAGAAAGAGCGCCCCGGUCCGCGCUCAAGUGACUCAUUCACACUGAACCUGUUCCGAGGAGCCCUAGAGACCUCAACAGUGUUCCCAUACCCUGAGCCGCUGGCUGAGGAACAGAGGCAGGUGUUAGCUGAGCUAGUACCUCCCGUUGAGAAGUUCUUUCAAGAGGUUAACGACCCCGCCAAGAACGACCAUGACGCGAAGAUCGAGCCGAACACGCUCGCUGGUCUUUGGGACCUAGGAGCCUUCGGUCUGCAGGUGCCCUGUGAGCUGGGCGGUCUCGGUCUGAGCAACACACAGUACGCGCGACUCGUUGAGAUCGUCGGCGCUCACGACCUGGGUGUCGGCAUCACGCUUGGAGCCCACCAGUCUAUCGGCUUCAAGGGUAUCCUGUUGUUCGGUACCCCAGAACAGAAGCAGAAGUACCUUCCCCGAGUAACUGGUGGGGAGUAUGCUGCGUUCUGUCUCACUGAGCCCUCUUCAGGGUCUGAUGCUGGAUCUAUCAAGACACGAGCAGUUCAGCAACCCGACGGGACAUGGAAGCUGAACGGUUCCAAGAUCUGGAUCAGCAACGGUGGAGUGGCUGAGGUCAUGACUGUCUUCGCGCAGACACCAGUCCAGAAGGACGGAAAGACCGUCGACAAGGUGACAGCGUUCAUCGUGGAGCGCUCCUUCGGCGGAGUAUCCUCCGGGCCCCCAGAGAACAAGAUGGGCAUCAAAUGCUCGAACACCACCGAAGUUUACUACGAGGACGUUCCCGUUCCCAAUGAUAACGUAUUGGGAGGCGUCGGCAACGGAUUCAAGGUGGCCAUGAACAUCCUGAACAACGGCCGCUUCGGUAUGGGUGCAGCUUUAGCUGGUACUCAGCGCGCCGCCAUCAAACAGGCUGCUGAACACGCUGCCACUCGCGUCCAGUUUGGCAAAAAGCUUAUCGAAUUCGGCACCAUCCAGGAAAAACUGGCGCGUAUGGCGAUGCUGCAAUACGUGACAGAGUCGCUUGCGUACAUGGUGUCUGGUAACAUGGACACGGGCGCUAAGGACUACCAUCUUGAGGCUGCUAUCAGCAAGGUGUUCGCCUCAGACUCAGCAUGGACAGUAGUAGACGAGGCUAUCCAAAUCCUCGGCGGUAUGGGCUUCAUGAAGGGCACAGGAUUAGAGCGAGUUCUCCGUGACUUGAGGAUCUUCAGGAUCUUUGAGGGCACCAACGACAUCUUACGGCUCUUCGUGGCAUUAACAGGAAUCCAAUUCGCCGGCUCUCACCUCCAAGAACUGCAGCGCGCGUUCAAAAACCCCACCGCCCAUCUCGGGCUGAUCUUCAGCGAGGCCGGCAAACGGGCCGGUCGCGUUGUUGGAAUCACUUCCACUGCUGAUAUCAGUCCUUUGGUCGCUGACCCGCUGCGCCCGGCUGCUAAGGAGCUCGCUAAAUGUGUGGAUGCCUAUGGACAGACCAUUGAGUCUACGCUUGUGAAGUAUGGAAGGAAGGUCGUUGAUGAACAGUUCGUCCUCAACCGCCUAGCGUCAGCCGCCAUCGACGUAUACACAACAGCUGUAGUCCUGUCCCGCGCCAGUCGUGCCACCAAGCUCGGCCUGCCGUCCGCCGGUCACGAGGUCAAAUUGGCAGAGGCCUGGGCCCAUGACGCUCUAGGCCGCGUUCCCGGACUGUUGGUCGCCGCUCGCGACGCGACAUCUCUCCAGCAGUACGCCCGUUUGGGCGCGCUCGGUCGCGCCGUCGCCGAGAACCCCGGACAGCCUAGCAUCAACCCACUCAACCUGUAGAUUAACUUGAGGGACGUCCGUAGAAAAACAUUUGUCAGUCUAGUGUGAAAAUAAGUUGAAAGGGUAAACCCUUUGAUCGCAAAAUACGAAAAGUGCAGCUAUAAAUUUCAAUCGUCGUUGGAAAUAGUACAUUACGUUACGAUACAAGUGUGAAAAAUAGAAAGUUCAAGACUAGUGGCGAUAAGUUUUUAAAGACACGAGUUGCGAAUUAUCGUUUUGCACAUGUAUCUUACAAUGUUUUACUGUACAUAUAGUCAUAAUUGUUGACUUAGUUACUUACGUUAUGUGCUAAUAUAAGCAUAUAAGUGCAUUAAUUAUAGCGCAAUAUGUUCUAUAAAGGUUAAUAAUGAGACAGAAUUGGCAUGGCGAUUAAAGGAUUAAUGGAAUAGCGAUAUAGAGUAUUUGGGUCGGCCUAUGUCUUUGCUUUGCCAAGACUGAGUCGAAGAAGUUAUAAUUAUCGAUAUAACCUUGCCAAAGAAACAUAUUCUACAACAUGAC